AUGGGAUGCGCCUUAUCCAGCACGGGGGACGCAGCGGAUCCAGCCGUCUCUGAAGCCUGGAGGGGCUCAGCCCUGGGCCUUGAGGAGGAAGGGGCGGAUGGCAGCAGAGGGGAGGGGGAGGAAGCGUUCCCCCUCUCCCAGGCCCAGAAGGAGUGGAUUCGGGAGUCCUGGAAGGUCCUCCAUAAGAACAUCGCCCGAGUGGGGAUCAUUGUCUUUAUCGGACUCUUUGAGACCCACCCCGAGUGUAAGGAUGUCUUUUUCCUCUUCCGGGACGUAGACGAUCUGCAACAGCUGAAGAUGAGUAAGGAGCUUCAAGCCCACGGGCUCAGAGUGAUGUCCUUCAUCGAGAAGAGCGUGGCUCGACUGGAUCAAGAACCCAAGCUGGAGGCUCUCGCCUUUGAGCUGGGCAAGAACCACUUCCAUUAUAAAGCUCCCCCCAACUACUACGAGUACAUUGGAAUUCAAUUCAUCCAGGCUGUUCGGCCAAUUCUCAAAGAUGAUUGGACUCUGGAGGUUGAGAAGGCCUGGCAGGGCCUCUUCAGAUACCUGGUAGCUGUGAUGCACAGGGGGUUCCAUAACGAAGGAAAGAGACUGGGGGGCAGCCCCCUUCUUCCCCCACAGAUAGCUGAAGUGGAAUCCACUCCAGACCAAAUCUGA